AGCAGCAGCGGCAUCGAACGAGGCUAGCCCCUGGACGAUGUUCGCCUACUCUGUCUUCUUCUGUAAUAUCACUGCAGCACCGCUGCUCCGUAUAUAAUUGUUGAGGAGCAGUAGUGACUGCUUAGCUGUCGUCGCACGUAGCUGUCGUCAGUGCAAUAAUAAGUGUCGAUAUAGCCGCGCGAAGAGCAGCAGCCGGGAUUACCAAUUACAAAUACAAAGUUGUGCCGGUUCACAUUGCACAAGCAUAGGAGUGAUCAUUUAGCAUGGCCUCGAACAAGCAAUCGCACGCCGACAACGUGGUCAACGAACGCCGGCUCAGGCCCAUCUACGAUAGACUUGACAAUGGGAACAAUAAAAAGGCCCUGCAGGAAGCGGACAAGGUCCUGAAGAAGCAUCCGGGUAAUCAGUGCGCUCGGGUACUCAAGGCCCUUGCUCUCCUGCGACUUGGCAAGGAGGACGAGUGCCAGAGCAUCAUCGACAAGGUCCGCUCCGAAGUGCCCUGCGAGGACUCGACGCUCCAAGCCAUGAGUAUCUGCUACCGCGAGAUACAGCAGCCUGACAAAAUCAGCGAGGUGUACGAGGCCGCUUCCAAGGCUGACCCUCACAAUGAAGAGCUACUUACCCACCUCUUCAUGUCUUACAUUCGUCUCGGCGAUUUCAAGAAACAGCAGCAAACUGCUCUUGCUCUGUACAAACUUGUACCGAAGAACGCUUAUUAUUAUUGGGCCAUCAUGAGUCUUGUUAUGCAGGCCACUCAAGCGAAUGAUGCUACUGCCAAAAAUAUAGUACUUUCUCUUGCUGAGAGAAUGAUUCUCAAGUUUGUUAAAGAGGGUAAAGUUGAAGGUGAUCAAGAAGUUCAACUAUAUUUGAUGAUAUUGGAGCUGCAAGGAAAAAAUGAAGAAAUGUUUGAAAUUUUUUCUGGUCCUUUAGCUUCACGUCUAUCCAAUCUUCCUCAAAGGAAGGGUAAAUUAUUGUUGAAAAUGAAAUGCUUCACAGAAGCUGCCAGAGCUUAUGAAGAGCUUAUUCGUAAGGAGAGAGAUAAUUGGGCUUAUUAUCAGGAUUAUUUAACAGCUGGUCUAGAGUGCCAAACAGCAACAAUGUGCUAUAAAUUUUUAAAUGACACAAUCACUACAACAUUUGAUGAUAAAAUCAGAGCACCUCAACUUGCUCGUUUGGAAUUAUUAAAACGUACUGCAGAGAAAAAGCUUGAAAUUGAACAUUGUGCUCAUAUCUGUGAUGAUAUGAGGCAAUAUUUUAAGCAAUUUGGUACAAAAGGUUGCAUAGUAGGAGAUUUAAAAUUAUAUUUGCAUCUUCUUAGCGAUGCAGAUAAAGAAGAGUUAUUAGAAAAUAUUGAAUUAGAUAUUGGUGUUGGUGAAACUGACUAUCCUGCUACAAUCAAUCAAAUGCAGAGGCACAUACAUUUUGAACAAUUAAAACGCAUAUGUGGACGACAUCAUCCACCAAGGGCUAAUGUUGAAGAAAGACAAAAUCUUGUCAAACGCCUUUGUGAUUUAUAUGAAAAAGGAAAUGAACUAUGCCCACUUGAAACCAGAUUACCAACAGAUUUUUGUCCUGCAGAUUCGUACUUACUUUUAGCUGGACAUAUUUUGCACCAGUUAUGGUAUGAAACACAAGAUGCUACCUGGCUCUACAAAGCAAUGCACAUUCUAGUUAAAGGAUUAUCAACUAGUCCAGCCAAUUUUCAUCUUAAAAUAUUAUUGAUGAGAACUUACUUAGAAGCUGGAAUAAUAGUGGGAGCUAAUUAUGUUUAUACAUUAUUAGAUUGUAAACAUAUCCAAUUAGAUUCUUUGGGAUAUUUGCUUGUUCCAUUACUUGCACCUCUUGGUUAUUUAUCUCAAGCAGCAUAUUAUUUGGAUCAGGCUACUAAGUUUUUUAUUGCAAAUUAUAAAGAUAGUGCAGAUUACUUGACAUUUGCCUACAAAUAUGGAAGCUAUGUAAAAAUUCAAGAGUUUGUUGAAUUACGAGAAAGACUUGAGAAAUCGAUACAUUUUGCUUCGUGUACUGUUGACAAAAUGUUAUUAGAAAUGAGUUGGUGUGAUAAUCCUACAGCCGUUACUAACUCUCUCGCAAGUAUGCAUAUUCAACCUGGAGAAGACACUAUAAGAUGGGAUCUGCAACGUGACAAUCGUGACGUCGACGUGGUAGUAGGCUGGGAACCAUUACCUGAAAAUGACGAAGAUCUUCGUAUGAAAGAAGAAACGCGAGAGUGCAUGAUAUGUGUACUCCAAGCUCGAAGUCUCAUCUUGAGGGUACUAGGUGCAGCCAAUGAAGCAGAUUCUUCGAACACUUUAUUGCGAUUAUCUAACGAUUUAAAGAGGUUGAUUGAUGAAAAGAUUCCCAAUAUCUUACAAAAAUUCGAAGUUGAUAAGAAAGACAAAGUCAAUAGUGUAAUAGUUCCUUUCGACGCAGUGGAGCGAUUGCGCGAGACUUAUAAUUCUCAACAACUUAGUCUGAUAGCUCAGUUAGCUGAGUCGUUGGCUAAUUCGUCUUGUCCAAGCGCGGAAUGCAUUGAGGCACUCCGAACAUCAAUUUGCUUGAAACCUUUACCUUUGCCAAAUCAAGAAAAACCUGCAUCAUAUAAGAAGUUCUUUUUGAGAGCUACGACUUGUGGGGAAACGUUAGCAUUUGUAAGUGCCAUUUGUACUUCUGCAGCAUCACAAAUCAAACCCAAUAUUUCAAAGAAGAAAAAUAAAAGGAAAGGCGGCACUGAAACCAUAGUUACAACAGCAGCAGAAUCUGAAACUUGGAACGAAAUAUCCCAAAUUUUGUCAGAAAAACUAAAAGGAUUAGAUUUUGUGCUGAGUAAAGUAACUAAAGUUGAUAUCUGCACGAGUAUACCUAGAGACGACCAUUCUGACAGAAUAAUGGAGUUCAUCAAUUCAACACUAUCAAGUUGCAGUGCAACUUUGAAAUCUCGCAUAGUGAAUACUCAAAAACUUGUGAAUUCCUUAAAAAGCUGAAAUUGUAGAAAUGACUUGUACAAAGAUGUCUUGCUUGAUCUGGUACAUUCAAAACAAAUCAAUUCAUGUAUAUACAAAAAUCUUUGUUACAAUGAAACAAUGAGUAAUUAAUUUUAUCUCAAUAUUGAGAAUAGUGAACCAAUAUAAUUCAUGAAAAUUUGCGAAAAUUAAAUCUUAAAAAUCAUGUGUGUCCUUGUCCACGUUAAACUGGAAAUUAUUUUUUAUGUAUACGUUGAAAAACACUGCCGAAUGUGAUCAAAUCAAUUAGUGAUUUUUAUAAGAAUCGAAUAAAAUUUCAAAUUAAUUGUAA